UUUCAUAAAGGAUAAUUAUUGCACGAGGGCCCGGCGGGGUUUUUGAGAUUUCACCGAAAAUACAAAUGUGAACUAAGUGUUUUUAUUUAAAUUUAAUUCUAGUUUGUAGUCUUAUGAUUUUGGUUGGCCGUAAAUCUGGUUAAAAUCAACUAGUAAACGGCACAUGGUGGUUAAAUACUUGGGAAUAGUUUAAACUGCAUGGCUAGUUAUGUUUGAUCCCCUUACUAGCAAUUGUUACACACCGCUAAAAGUCUCAAGCGUUUCAAACUGUGUUUGUCUAAACAACCAUGGCCAAAACUUUAGUAAGUCUGGUUACAGGAGCGGCUUCAGGGUUAGGAAAAGCUACUGUUGAUAGACUUGUAUCAGAGGGCUACAAAGUGAUAAUGUGUGACUUGGCAACUUCUUCGGGAAAAAGUGUAGCCGACUCGAUAGGUCCAAAUGUUAAAUUUGUACCAACCGACGUUCGUUCUGAAGCCGAUGUCCAAAAUGCAGUUGAUGUUUGCCAUGAAUUGCAUGGGAAACUUAAUUUAAUCGUAAACUGUGCUGGAAUCAGUGUUGCACGCAAAACGUACAAUUUCAACAAAGGCAGUGCCCACGAAUUACAAGAGUUUUCCAACUUGAUGAUGGUAAAUGUCGUCGGUACAUUUAACGUUUUACGAUUAGCCGUCGGGCUCAUGGGUAAGAACGAAAUUGAUGAAAAUGGUGAAAGAGGUGUCAUCGUCAAUACAUCAGGAUUUGCGGCGUUCGACGGUCAAAUGGGCCAAGUCGCAUUGUCAGCUUGUCAUGGAGCUAUAAAUUCCAUGACUUUACCAUUAGCCAGAGAUAUGGCAUCACAAAAAAUUCGACAUUGCACUAUAGCUCCUGGGCUAUUUGAUACACCAUUGACACAAUUUUUACCCGAUAAAGUAAAAUCGUAUUUUGCCGAUAUGACACCACUUCCGAAACGAAUGGGACAACCUGAAGAGUUUGCCAAUCUUGUUGUGAGCGUUGUAAAUAAUCCUUUUCUUAAUGGUGAAGUAAUUAGAUUAGAUGGAGCACUUAGAUUCAUUUAAUGUAAACACUUAAGACUGGGUUAACCUUACACAUUAUAGUAUGUGUAUAAAUAAUGGAAAUUAUCUUAAGUUUUUGUAUCCGUUAUUAGUGUAGGAAAAUAAAUUAUUUUUUACUUAGAA